UCACAAAUCCUUGAAAGAUUUGGACACAUUCCCUUUGGUGAACUCCUGCGUUGGUUGGGUCAUGUUGCCUGCAUGCCCAGCCACCGCAUGUCCAAGCAGUUUCUGCUUGGCUAGAUAGUGGGGGCUUAACGGGCGUGGGACGGGCUAGAGAAAAGAUGGAAUGAUGUGGAACAGGAGAAUGUAGAUCUGAGUGGACUUGCCAAUGACAGGCUUCAGUUUCAGUUUAAUUUAUUAGGUAUAACCCUGUGAGCCAUGCCGCUCUUGACUCGGGUGCAACCGCAACAAAACAAAGACAUGAACAAGAAACAUCUUAAAGUGACUACACACACCAGAAAAAUCCUGGAAAAAACAGCAAAGUCUUCCAGAAAAAACUAAAUCAGCCUCUGUAGAGGAGGCUCGUGAAGGAUGCUACUGGGCAGUGUUGGAAGUAGUUACCCUCUAAAGUGCAUGUGGGCAGCGGUGACGCAGUAUUGUGACUCAUAUAUAGUGACUGUGGUGUCUAUGAACCAAUCGCAACCAAUAUCCACAAUCCUCACCUCUUCCCCUCAUUCCUGAACCCUGACCCCUCAAACCCUUACCUCAAUCUCUCACCCUUGAACCCUGAACCCAACAUUUUUCACCUUCAUCCAUCACAUCCAUCUAUCAACUUUCACCUCUACUGCUCACCCCAAUCCCUCGCUCCAAUCCCAUCACCCUUAAAACCUCUCCCCAAUUCCCAAAUCCCUUUGCCCUCUGCUGUCAAUCCUCCCCUCCUUCACCUCCAUUCAUGACCUUCGGCCCUGGAUGUUACCCCCCUCCUUGACUCCCACAGCCACCCUCCUCCCCAACCAGCAAACAACCCCACCCCCCCGCCCACUGUAACCCCUCGACUGGGCAACCAGAAGGAAGAGAUGGCCGCCCGGCUACCGGACGUGACGGAGCAGGCGAUGGCGAGGGACGAGGGCGCGGGGCGGUCUGGGAGGAGGAAAGACCUCGGCGGGUUCGCCGACUCGGCCAAGAGCGCCACCGCCGCCUCUGCCACCCCGGUGUACUUCCUGCUGCACAGCCCCGUGGCGCUGGCGCUGGGCGUGGUGCAGCUCGUGCUCGCCUGUGCCGUGCUCGCGCUCGGCUUCGUCGACAUGGCCAUGCGGCGGCAGACGGCGCUCGUGCAGACACGCAUCCCCAUCGUGGCCGGCGCGCUGCUGGCCGUGCCCGGAGUCCUCGCGCUCUCCGCGGGCUUCAACAAAAACAUCAACGUGGUGCUGGCGUGGCUGCUGGGCUCCCUCAGCGCCGCGGCUGCCUGCCUCGCGGUGCUCGUCUACGCCGCCCUCACGCUGCACUUCAGCCGCGACGAGCUCGCCUACAUCCACUCCAGCAUGGACAUCUUUGUCUUCAACGAGUACACGGCACACGACCAGCUGGCGCGUGGCGCCAACGCGGCCCUGCUGGUGACGGCGCUGCUGAGCAUGGGCUUCUGUGGCUACGCGGCGUGGUUCGCCAUUCGCUGCCUGCGCCACUCCUGGGCGCCACCACACGGGGUCUGCUGCUCCUGCCUGGAGGUCGAGCUGGAGCUGGGAGCGGUGGCCCUGCUCGAUGAGGACGACGACAACGACGACUCUUUCCUGCACACGGAGCUCUCCGACCUUUCACCUGAUCCAGGGGAGAGUGCACGAACUUCGUUCAGCACAUCCGUCCUUGUGCAGCAGAACCCUGAUGAUGACAUUGGUGGUGAUGGUGGCGAUGGGGUUGGCAAGAGCCUGGGGUGAGGGUGAAACUGAGAUUCACACCCUCACCACACACUCAACACACCCUCGCCACACCCUCACCACACACUCACCACACCGUCACCUCCUCACCGCACCCUCACUUAACCCUAGCCUCAUCCUUACCUUACCUCACUAUCAACUCACCCUUACCUCACCUACAGCAGGUGAUGGGUGAAAGUCUCUUUUUGGGAAGUGGGGCUACAAUAUUAUUUAGAGGGGGUGGGGUGAAUUUUUUUAAAAUAAAUAUUUUAAAAUAAAACGUGUUUGAAUCAAUGUUGUAAAAUAUAAAUGUCUAGAAACAAGAGGGGGGGGGGGUGCCAGGUCCCCACUGACAGAGCACGCGGUGGGCACACAGAGCCAAGGGUACCCCCCCACCCCACGUGCCCCCCACCCACGCCCCCUCCUCAUCCCCCCCCCCCACGCUCCCUUCCC